GGGCCACCCGGUUUGAUCUGGGCCACACAGACUGAUUUUUUUCCCCCCGGUUCCUGGCAUAAAAGCUGGAAUCUCUGGAGAGCCUGGACCUGAAUGCUGGAGCUCAGCAGGUAGGAGCAGAGUCCAGGAGAUGCCACUGUGCUGGGAGCACUCGGAGCUCCGGGUUAAUCUGGGCUCUAAAGGAUGGGGGGUGUCAGGGGUGGCACCUGCAGGGGUAAUGUGACUUCCUGACCCUUGGAAUGAGCUUCCCAAGGCAAAGGGAUGCCUCCAGCAGAACAGGGAGGCUCUGCAAUGGAACAUAGCCCAGAAACUCUUCCAGCCGGGCAGCCCCCAAAGCCCCGUGGCUUGGCGCCUGGCUUUGGGCAGGGCUCUCGGCUCCCUCCUUCCUCCCGUCCCUCCUCUCUGCCUGAGGCAGGAGCCGCAGGGGCUGCGGGAGCAGGGGCUGCAGCCUCGCUGCUGCCUGCGCGGAGCCAGCGGCUGCGGCGGAGCUGUAAGCAGGGUACGUGGGGAAUUCUGCUGGGGGUGCCUUCGCCCGGGGCUGGGCUGCUCCUGCCUCCCUGCCGCGGCUGGGAGCUGGGGGAAAACCGCGGGAGCUCGGCUAGCAACAGGUCUGUGUGUGUCUGAGAGAGAGCUGGAAUGCUGCUUCCACCGCUGGAGGUGCCCUGAUGGACUGGGGGGCAGAGCACUGCCUGCCCGGGGAUCCCGGUGAUGCCAGGGACCUGCCGGCUGGAAACAGCCCUCCUUGGGCUGCCCGGGGUGGGCAGGAGCAGUCUGGGCACUGGAGGGGACGGGGGUGGCAGCAGGUGCCCCAGAGCUUCUGCCUUUGGGGUUCCAGUCCCCGUGCUCCUGGGCUGAAAGCUGGACACCCUGCAGAGCUCCAGGAUUGGGAAAAGAAGAGCCUGGGGCUGUUUGUUUUGUUUUGUUUUUUCUCAGUGGUUAAGACAAGUUCACAUCAUUUUAUUUCGCUCUUCUAUCAGUAGGAGGUACCUCCAGUAGCAGCAAAGUGUCUGGAGCUUGAAGUAGCUCAUGUUAGCCUGUAAAUCUGAACCAUGCCAGGGGCUGCAAAGUCUAAAAUGCAGUGAGAUCUGUUUGGGGUGUUUUGCUGGGGAAAGGGGUGUAAAAAAGUGUAACUCCGAGCAUUUCCUGAGGCUGGCAGCUAAGAUGGGACCUCAUCCCUAAAGGAUGGAUCUGUGCUGCUGGGUUUUUUUUGCCAAAAGAGAAUCCUAGCAAGGAAAACUUACUUUCAGUCCUUGCUGUUUGGAUUGCUGUGGAUUGCAGCUGUCAUUUACUGAGCAGAAUUGGCUUCAACUGGAGUCAAACCAGGAGGUUUCCCAGGUAACCUCUCAGCGUGUCAAAUUCCUGACAUCAAUCAGAGGUACCUACCCGUGCUAUCCAGGUAAGGCUUAGAAUUUGGUGUUAAUUAAAAUCGAGUCACUGAGGCAGCAGCAAAUGGAAAUUCAAGAGCACUAAAAGGUUUCAAAGGAUCCUCAGAGGAGGUCAUAGGAAAAAAAAACCAAAAAAACCAACGAGUACCUAAAGUCCCUGUGUGGAUGUGGAUGGUGAUGUAAAAGGAGUCAGAAGGUAGGAAGGUACAGGGAGAGUUCAGCCCUUCCACAACCAUCAUCUUUCUGCAGAGGUGACACUGCAUUUAAACCUCUGCUGUCACCCUCACAGCCAGUUCUUCCCCUAUGCAGUUAUUUAAGACUAAAGGCAUUGCCUCUGGGCAAAUCCAGCACUGGGCUGAGGAGGAGAGUUCAGGAUCCAGCUCCAUGGUGCUGCACAGGGAGCUCACCUGUCCUGCCCUUGGGCCAGGCAGGCUGCUCUGCCCAGUUCCUAGUGAGGCAUAAUCCAAUAUUCUGCAUCCCAGGAGCUUGGGUGGGGUAAAGUGCUGUUUAUUGGGACAGGCUGUAAGUCCUGAUGCCCUGUGUGACCAGGUCAUGGGCUGUCUGCUCCCAUGCCUGUCUCACAGAGGGCCAUGGCACUUCUGUGCCACAAGAGAUGGAAAUCAAACCAUUCUGUGGCUCUUACUGGUGCAAAGAACCCCUGUGAUGUGCGUUGGGAUUGGUUUGGCUUUUCCUGGUCUUUCACUUGGCAGUGAUUACAGGAUCCUCUGUGCCCCCCAUUUUGGGGGGGACAUAAACUACCUGCUGGCAGAGCCGUCUCCUGUACCUGCUGAAUGAGCCCACGCUGGCUGCUGGCCCCUCAAACACUUGUGUUGUUUGCCAAUUCCAUCCCCCACUGAGACUAUCUCAUGAUUGUCCCACUUUUCAGGGCUUCUUUUUUACCACUUGCUCCCCAAUUACUCUCCUCAGUUUCAGUGCCCCAAAUGACAGGGCUGUCAGGGAGUGACUCAUGAGCAGAGGCUGAGCUGAAAGGUGCAAUUUAGGAGGCUCAUGUCCCAUCGGUGGGGAAUUUAGUGCUGCCAAGAGCCUGGCAGGGAUCACUGAUUUAGCUCUUCCUAUAGACCAAACCCCAGCACUCACUGCUGAACUGCUGGAGCCUCUCUCCAGGGAAAAAGCUGUGGCUUUUUUUUUUGUGGGGUCCCUGCCCAGUUUCCAGUGAUGGAUGGGAAACUGCUACUUGGAGGCUGGAUCCCAGGAGAACUUGAGUAAUUUCCUCCUGAAAGCUUUUAAAACAGGGACUUGCUUCCAAGGUAAGGCAGCUAAAAUCUUGUUCCUUGCCAGGCUUCUCAAUAUAGUGGUGGCAUAAGUGUGCCUGGGUGUGGAAAUCUUACUUUAACCUGAUUUCAGGGAGCAGUUGGCUGAGAUUUUAGUUAAGAUUUAAAACAGCCUGUGACACAUCAAAUAAAAAAAUUUAUUUAGAAGCUUAAAGGUUGACUGAGCACGAAGUAAAGGAAAAAAAAAAGGAUUAUAAUGACAAAGAAUAGGUAAGCAGCCUCGGCUCUAAUGAAGCAGGGUGGAAAUUAUAUAUAAAUAUAUAUAUAUAAAAAUAAAUUCAGAGCCAUUACCAGCUUGCUGUGAAUGCCUCACCUGCCAUUUGCAUCUCCUGAUUUACAGUUACAAUUUGGCUUUGGAGUGAAAUGUUUUCUAUUCCCAGCUCAAGUGGAUGAGUAAUCUGCAACUAAGUCUGGUGUUUAUUACAGUCAUCCUGCUGAUAGCCUUGUUCUCCAUCAUUUCAAGUUUGAGAUCUUUUAAAAAGAAAUACCUAUUUUAAAAAGAAAUACCUAAAAACUAUUUCCUUUGGCCCCAGCUCAGACUAUGCAGAUAAAUGACUCUGAGGGGAAGGUAAGCAGUUUAAGCUCAGUGAGAGAAGAUGUGAGUGCAGCUCCGAGAUUGGCACACCUGCCUGGGAUUGCCCAUUUCAAAAUGAGAAAUUUGCUUCUCAAGGUGCACUUGCUUUUCUUUAUGAAAGUAAAUGUCAGUAAGAAAGAAUGAUUUGAUUGCAACUGGCUAUUUUUAGGGUGUGUUUUCUUCCACAGCUCCUUUCUCCCAGCUGAAAACCUACUGGGAUAUUCGGGCUUAUUUGGAGAUGAACCCCCCUGAGGUAUGUCAUAUAAAAUAUCAUGGGAAUAUUGAUGGAUGAAGAAGUUAAAUACUUGAAGAGUAAGUUCUAUUACCUUAAUUCACAAAUAUCCCCCAAGUCCCCAGCUCCAGCCCUGCAUGGCCCAGACCAAACACCUCCUGCACCAUUCCCUGUGGAACUGGGAAUGGGGGGUUUGGGGUGGCUGCAGCUCCCCCUUGCUCUGAAAGAGAAGCCAAGAUGAGCCCAAAUUCCCAUGAGCUGUGCACAGGGUCCCUGUGGAACAGCAUUUCAGUUUUUUAGUCAGUGGUUCCCUUCCUGGUUCUCUGAGGCAGAGGAUGAUCCAUAAAUUUCUCCCUAAUUUCUCAGACACUCACAGAUCAAUGUCCUGUUUUUUUUGCCAUCCUCCAGGGGCUAUGCUUUGCCCCUGGGACUUUCUCACUUUUCAGCAGGGAUCAUUUUCCAAGGUGGGAAACCUUGGGAACUGGGAACCCUGGGAAGUCUCUGUUGUUGUGCCAUUACUGAGCUCAGGACAAGGGAAGAACGAAUUUUUCAGCCCUUCCCACAUGGAAUGUUCUUGAUGUACAGCUACAUGCUCUUGCUGUUCCUCCCAUCUCUGAAGUUGGCUUGUUUUUGUUCCAGCCUUAGAGGAUUCUGUGAGGAUAUUUUACACAAGACAAAUGAAGACAUCAAGAUGACAAACCCAGCGGGUUGUGCACAGGGGUGAGGCAGUGGUGGCUGCUCCGGGGGAUUUCUUCCACAUGCUCAACAUAAAAAUGAUGGCAUCACUUCAUAAUGGCUUGGAACUGCUGCUCUAACCAUGGAAAAUGGAAUUUCUCCACCCAGAGUGUGAUAAGGGACAGCCUUGUCAUGGCAUGACCAAGAACUUCUGCCUCAGAUCAUCAGAGACCCCUGGAAAAGCCAAACUCCAGCAGGGCACGUUGGAACACAAGGAGGAGAAUGGACUCCAACUCUUCGUUGGAUUGGCCUCACUUGGAUUUGCUGAAUUACAACGGGACGUACAAGUACCUUUACCUGGAAGGAAAUGUCUCCUACGUGGACUUCUACCUCCACCAGCCUUGGGUGGCUGCUGUCUUCAUCACCUCCUACCUGCUCAUCUUCCUCCUCUGCAUGGUGGGCAACGGGGGGGUUUGUUUCAUCAUCCUGUGGAGCAGGCACAUGCGCACGGUCACCAACCUGUUCAUCCUGAACCUGGCCGUCAGUGACUUGCUGGUGGGGCUCUUCUGCAUGCCCACCACCCUCCUGGACAACAUCAUUGCAGGGUGGCCCUUUGGGAGCCUGGUGUGCAAGAUGAGCGGGAUGGUCCAAGGCAUCUCUGUUUCUGCCUCUGUCUUCACUCUGGUUGCUAUUGCCGUGGACAGGUUCCGGUGCAUCGUGCACCCCUUCAAGCCGAAGCUGACCGUCGCCGCCGCCGUGGCCACCAUCGCGGCCAUCUGGGUGCUGGCCGUGGCCAUCAUGUGUCCCUCGGCGGCGCUGCUGCGGGUGCGGCAGGAGAAGCGCUUCCGCCUGCUCCUGGGAGCGGGCAACGCCACCCGCCCCGUCUUCUGGUGCCGGGAGGAGUGGCCCGAGCCGGCCAUGAGGAAGGUCUACACCACGGUGCUCUUUGCCAACAUCUACCUGGCUCCGCUGUCGCUCAUCGUGCUCAUGUACGCCAGGAUCGGCGUUUCCCUGUGCCACGGCGCCGUGCCAGGAGCGGGGAAGCGCGGCCGGGAGCAGCGGCGCGGCGCCUGGAAGAGGAAGCGCAAAGCCAUCCAGAUGCUGGUCCUUGUCACCUUGCUCUUCGCCCUGUCCUGGCUUCCCCUGUGGACCCUGAUGCUGCUGUCGGACUACGCCAGCCUGUCCGACGUGCAGCUGCAGCUGAUCAACAUCUACAUCUACCCCCUGGCUCACUGGCUGGCUUUCUCCAACAGCAGCGUCAACCCCAUCAUCUACGGCUUCUGCAACGAGAGCUUCCGCCGCGGCUUCCAGGCCGCGCUCCGGCUCCAGCUCUGCGCCAGGCCCGCCGCUUCCCCGCCAGCCCCGGGCAAUGCCGCCCUGCCCGCCGGCCCCUGCCCGCCGGCCCGGACACAUCAGGGAGGAAACUGGGUGAAUAAGCAGCAGGAUUUGCUCAUGGAAGAGCUCAAAGGCAAUGAGGAGUGAAGGGCGCUGUGAUUCUGGGAAUCUCUCUGUUCUCCCUGGAACAGGGCUGCUUGAACCAUGUUUGUGGUCGCGUUUCAUUCCUGUGAGGAAUCCCUUAUCCUGUAACUCUCAUGGACUGAAAUACUGCAGACCCAGUCUGGCACCCAUCAGCCCCUGGAUUUUCUUGCGGUCCUGCUUCUUGCCAGACAUGGUGAAAGCCAGCUGAGUCCUGCUCAAAUGACAAAAUUUGGUGUUUUCCAUCACGUUCCAUUUAUUCCCCUUGGUUGCUGUUCUUUCUGUCACAUCCAUUAGUAUCGCAGCUAGAGAAACAAGUGGUAAUGGAAAUUUGGGAAAUAAAGGAUAAAAAAAUUGGG